AGCACGCUAUGUAUCAAAAAUUAUGUGCAAAAUGGACUUAUGAAAUAAAAUCAAUCAAAUAAUAUUCUCUAUUAAAAAAAACUUUUAAACUAUGUCCGGACCUACCUACCUAGUGAUUUCUAAAUGACAAUUCAUUCAAAGAUAAGGCGGCCACCACUAUGGCAAUAACAUAGUGAUUAACAAAUACGUUCUGUGUGUUCUGACUCCGUCAAGACCACUGAAGAAAGUCAAAAAGGAUCAUAUUGCCAUUUUUAUCUAACUUAUUAUUUGUAAAAAAUAUAUUUAUUCCCUUGACAAAAAUUUUAUAGUAUGUAUAGUAUGAAAACGAUGUACCUAUUCAUUGAUACAAUACAAUAGUUAGUACUAAAAUGACAGUGCUUAAAAGUUUUCGUCAAUGUUGUUAACAAAUAUUCAAACAUACCCACAUAUAUUUACUAAAAUAGCGGAAUACCAAUAUCAUAUGGCUAUGCUGUAAAAAUAGAAGUAAUAGAAUUAAAUUAGAUGGAAGGAUCGUAUAAUUUGUGGAUUUGUGUUACAUCUAGGAAUUCCAAUGUCGAUCAAUAUUUUGCAGUUGCCUAUACAUAUUUUAGCUAAUAUCUUAAGAAAUUUAAAACUAGGAGAUAUCAGAAAUGUGAUAUUAACAUGUAAAACUUUCAAGAAUUUAAUAGUUAACGAUAAUGGAGUAUGGAGAGCGAUUUGUGAAGAUAGAUUAAUUUUGCAUAAUAACUCUGAAAGAAAUGACACAAGUACAUGGUACAACAAAUGUCGUAUUUCAAAGAACUGGUGGAAUGGCAUUUAUAAGAGAAAGGUAAUUUUACAAACCUCAUCAAACUACAUGCCAUGGCUGAAAUACCACAAUUCAGAAUUCUUGAUCUUCUCGCUUGGCUCAGAACUUUUCUGCCAUGCUUCGGACCAAAAAGGAUUCCCAAACAGUAGAGCAAACUGGAAAAUUAACGUUCCCACAGUGAAGAGAAGUGAUGUGAGGACCAAUGAUAUAUCUCGAUUUGUUGUUAGUGACAAUAUGAUAGCCUGCGGAAAUAGAGAUGGUAGCUUGUCAAUAUAUAAAGUGAAAAAAAUGAAAAAAAGGCCUCGAUUAAUCCAGCAUAUUAAAGACUGUCAUGAGGAAGGUCAAGUAGAAGUAUCAGCUGUAGAAAUUAUAGAAAGUGUAGAUGGUUACUUCAUAGUGACUGCAUCUGGGAAAAGUCCUAGUGUUGUACUUUGGCAGUCAAAUGAACGUUGCUUAUUUCAAAGUGAAAUAGAUAUAGCUAUACCCAAUGGUAAUGCAGUUAAAUCUCUAGCUGUCUCUAACACAAAGGAUAUGCUUGCUGUUGGUCUUGAUGGAAACAGUUGGCCCAUUUUGCUUGACGUCAAUACGGCCACUAUAUUGAUGACAGCUGAAAGAACUGUGAAUGUAAGGCAAGUAGUGCGAGAUAUUCAGUGGCGUAAUGAAAACACUAUUAUAUAUGUGACACAUUCAGGAAUGCUAAAUCAGAUAGACACAAGAAUCCAAAAAAUUGUUUAUGACGCCAAAGAUCCUUUUCUAUCGCGAUUGUACUGUGUAAAAACUGACCACAACAAUGCAAUAUUGGUUGGGUCAUCAGAGUAUUCGCGCUGCGUACUCUUUGACGCAAGAAAUCGUUCUAGUCAUGUACAGAUGUAUUUCACCCAACGACGACCAUCUCCUGUUUAUAGUCUUGACUUCGAUUCUACAAAAUUAAUUGCUGCCGCCGAUCGUGGACUGACUGUGCUGAAUUUUAACAUCAAUGGAAAAGCAAUACGGCAACGUGACUAUUCGCAUGUUUUUCACUCGAUGUAAACUUUAAAAAAAAAAAACAUAUGAGCAACUAUUAUGUAUCAAAUAAAUUAUAUUGAUCAGAAAUGGUACGUA